GACAAACGGACAGACGGACGACCCUAGAGCCGGCUCCGGGGCCGCGCCGCGGCCGAGAUGCCGGGGCCGCCGGCGUUGCUGCUGCUGCUGCUGCUUUUGGCCACCGGCAGCGCCGGGGCCGCGCCACUUCCGCAAACAGGUGCAGGUGAGCCGGUGCCUGCUGCAGGAGUUUCCAUAUCUUUCGUGAUCCUAUCUGUGUGCAGUUUAAUGCUGUUGAUCGUGUUAAUUGCAAACUGCAUAUCCUGCUGUAAGGAACCAGAAAUAGACUUUAAGGAGUUUGAAGAUAACUUUGAUGAUGAGAUUGACUUUACGCCACCAGCAGAAGACACGCCUUCCGUUCAGUCCCCAGCAGAAGUCUUCACCCUCUCCGUGCCCAGUGUCUCACUACCAGCUCCAUCGCAGUUCCAGCCCUCUGUAGAAGGCUUGAAGUCUCAAGUUGCACGCCACAGUCUAAACUAUAUACAGGAGAUUGGAAAUGGCUGGUUUGGAAAGGUGCUCCUUGGAGAGAUUUACACAGGCACUAGUGUAGCAAGAGUAAUAGUGAAGGAGUUAAAAGCAAGUGCAAGCCCAAAGGAACAAGAUACUUUUUUGAAAAAUGGAGAACCUUACUAUAUUCUUCAGCAUCCAAAUAUUCUUCAGUGUGUUGGACAGUGUGUGGAAGCAAUUCCCUAUCUUCUGGUGUUUGAGUUCUGUGACUUGGGUGAUCUGAAAGCUUACCUGCGCGACGAGCAAGAACACGUGCGGGGGGACUCGCGGAUCAUGCUGCUGCAGAGGAUGGCCUGUGAGAUCGCCGCGGGGCUGGCCGCCAUGCACAAGCUUCACUUCCUGCACAGUGACUUAGCCCUGCGGAAUUGCUUUCUUACCUCCGACUUAAAUGUAAAGGUGGGAGAUUAUGGCAUCGGAUUCAGCAGGUACAAGGAGGACUAUGUUGAAACUGAUGAUAAAAAAGUUUUCCCUCUGCGGUGGACUGCUCCAGAGUUAGUAACCAGCUUCCAGGACAGAUUACUAACGGCCGAUCACACUAAGUAUAGCAACAUCUGGUCCCUGGGCGUGACGCUCUGGGAGCUUUUCGAUAACGCUGCUCAGCCCUACGCCCACCUUUCCGACGCGGAUGUCCUCAGUCGGGUCAUCAGAGAACGAGAGACAAAGCUCCCAAAGCCCCAGCUGGAGCAGCCGUAUUCUGAUCGAUGGUAUGAAGUUCUGCAGUUCUGUUGGCUGUCACCAGAUAAGAGACCGGCAGCUGAAGAUGUCCACCGACUGCUGACUUACCUACGGAUGCAGAGUCAGAGGGAGUCAGAGGUUGACUUUGAACAGCAGUGGAAUGCACUUAAACCAAAUACAAGUAGCCGGGACACAUCCAGUAAUGCUGCGUUCCCGAUUCUCGACCAUUUCAGCAGGGACCGGCUUGGUCGUGAGAUGGAAGAAGUCCUCACAGUGACCGAGACGAGCCAGGGACUGAGCUUCGAGUAUGUCUGGGAGGCAGCGAAACAUGACCAUUUUGAUGAGCGCAGUCGGGCCAACCCGGACGAAGCCUUGUCCUACACCAGCAUCUUCUUUCCUGUGGAGGUGUUUGAGAGCUCGCUCUCCGACCCCGGGCCGGGCAAGCAGGACGAAAGUGGCCAGGACGUGCCACUCAGGGCCCCAGGAGUGGUCCCUGUGUUUGACGCCCACAACCUUUCUGUGGGCAGUGACUACUACAUCCAGUUAGAAGAAAAGAGUGGCAGCAACUUGGAGCUCGACUACCCGAUGGCACUGCUGACAACUGAUGUGGCUCACCCCGAGAGGCUGGGUGACGAGGCACCCCAGUCUGUGGCCCUCAGGAAUCUGGAGUUUGAGGAGUCGAGCGCAGAGGAGGAUUUCUUUCAGACCAGUACAGACCCCAAGGACUCGAGCAUUCCCGAGGACCUGCAUGUCACCAGCGGCCCCGAGAGCCCUUUCAACAAUAUAUUUAAUGAUCUUGACAAAUCAGAGGACCUGCCCACUCACCAGAAAAUGUUUGACUUAAUGGAGCUGGACAGCGUGCAGGCCAAUACUAAGCCAGCCACACCAAGUGCAAGCUUGGGUGAGCCCAGGGAGUCUGUAAUUCCUGGCCAUUUUGAGAAAGAAAGUCCCUGUAAACUUUUUGACUGUGAUCCUCUCUGCUUGUCAGAAAAAAACCUUAUGCACCAAGAUAAUCAUGAUCCACUCAGUCUUCAAGAAUUGUCGGAAAACUUCCUAUUUCUUCAGGAGAAGAACUUAUUACAAGUCUCAUUGCCUAGCAAAGAACAUGUAAAUGAUCUUCAAACGGAGCUUAAAAAUGCUGGCUUUCCCGAAACCCUGUUAGAAACUUCACGCAGAAACUCUUUAGAUACUGAGCUUAAGUUUACUGAAACCCAGCCAGGCUUCUCUCUGUCACAGGAGAAUAUCAGGGCCAAGGGUGGUGAUCUGGGGGUCGGGCUGACAGGCGACAGCUUGAGCAUCUCAUUGCCAUCUUCUCCUGAAGUGCAGGUACCUCCUACCUCACUCCAAACGGAAGAGACGCCCGACAGAGUACCUCCAGAUGUGUUGCCAAGGCAGGGAGAAACUAGUUCCACGUGCUUCGAUGUUGGUGCCUGUGAAGAUUGUCUCUGCCAAGAAAACCCAGACCCUGUGACUGUCCCUGUUGAAAUUCUCUCGACCGAUGCCAAGACACAGAGCAUUGGCGAGGGGCCACAGGACUUAACUCACCAAAGUGAGGAGACCUGGAGACUGAGCCAGAGCGACCCGGUUGGCCUUGAUGAAGUCUUUGCAAGGAGGGUGGGCCUAGGGAACAGUGUCCCGGGAUUGAGGCAGAACUCAGAAAACCAGCCACUUACAGAAGACUACCACAGCAGUAGUUUGCUAGAGACAAACUUGGAAGCUGUGGAGACGUUAAAUCAGCUGAAUUACAAAGAUGCUCAGAAGGAAGUAGGCUUGGUGUCUGCCCUGUCCUCAGACUCAACCAGCCAGGACAGCCUUUUAGAGGACAGUUUAUCCACACCCAUACCGACAUCAGAGCAGUCUGUGGAAACCCCAGACUCCUUAGACUCUGUGGACGUACAUGAGGUUUUAGACUCUCUGGGCCCUCACACACCUCAGAACCUGCUGCCCCCUGAUAAGCCUGCUGACAGCGGCUAUGAGACUGAGAACCUAGAGUCUCCCGAGUGGACGCUGCACCCUGCUCCUGACAGCACCUCAGACACAGACCUCACCACAGUGGGCAGCGACACUCACAGAGGUCUGCCUCCCAACCCUGUCAUUGUCAUCUCUGAUGCCGCUGACAGCCACCGAGAAACAGAGGUGACUGUGCAGACAACCACGCCUGGCUCUCAGAGCUCAUACCGAGACUCGGCCUACUUCUCAGACAAUGACUCAGAGCCUGAGAAGAAGCCUGAGGAGGGCCCCGGAGCGUCACUGUCGGCCUCGGUGUCCCUUCCUGAGCUCCUCCCCCUGGAGCAAAGUGUUGGUGCCGAGGAUCAUUGCCUGGAGACCAGAAACAGCCUGCCCGACCCAAGCUGUCUGCCAGCUCUGCGGAGUUCCAGUCCCCCAGGACUGAGGGACCUGUCGGAGCCCGUGCAGACUCAUCUCUCCGGUCAGACACCACCUCCCGAAGAUGAGCCUGGCAGCCCCUUGAGUUUGUUGAAGUCAGCACUUGGCAGCAGUGGUGACUGGGAGACGCUGGAAGACCAUGCCUGCACCCUCACGUCCACCGGAACCAACACAAACGAACUCCUCACGUACACAAACUUGAUGGCAGACAGGUGCUUGUCCAGCCACUGCGAGGGCCCCAAGCUGAAGGAGCCGGAUAUCGAAGGGAAGUACCUGGGGAAGCUCAGUGUGUCAGGAGUGCUCGACCUCCCCGAGGACGGCAUCGAUGCAGACGAGGAGGGCGAGGACAGCGAGGACUCCGACGACGACCUGCGGGCCUUCAGCCUGCACAGCCUCAGCUCCGAGUCGGAGGACGACGCGGAGCGCCCCGUGCCUGUGAUCCUCAGCAGCGAGGACGGCAGGCACCUGCAGAGCUUGCUGAGGCCGUCGGCGCCUGCCGCCCUGGACCAGCCGCCCGGCACCUGGAGGAAGGAGAAGAAGGCAGUGACGUUCUUUGACGACGUCACUGUCUAUCUGUUUGACCAGGAGACCCCGACCAAGGAGCUGGGGCCCAGCGGCAGAGCAGUGCACGGCCCUGACCCGAGCAGCCCAGCGCCUGCCUCAGGCUCCCCCCACCUGAGCAGGUGCAUCAACUCAGAAAGCUCAACCGACGAAGAAGGUGGAGGUUUUGAAUGGGAUGACGACUUCUCCCUGGACCCGUUUACGUCCAAGACAGCAAGUAACCUUCUUGGUUCCAAGCCUUCUCUGCAGACGUCCAAGUACUUCUCCCCUCCUCCACCACCUCGGAGUUCUGAGCAGAGCUGGCCCCACACAGCGCCCUAUUCCAGGUUCUCCAUCUCCCCCGCCAGCAUUGCAAGCUUUUCCCUCACUCACCUCACGGACUCGGACAUGGAACAAGGAGGAAGCAGUGAAGAUGGAGAGAAAGAUUAA